AUGUUGUCCAACAGGACACCUUCUCUUGAUGAGAAGCGUCAAAAUGACUACAAAGAGAAGCUCUCAAGAAAAAUGAGCACAUUUAUGGAGUUUUCAGAAAACGACCCGGAGGUCGAUGACGUCAUUAGAAUGAUCAGAAGAAAUCUGCCACUGUCGGAUCCGCUCCCACAAGCUUUGUACAACAAACUACAUUCAAUGGAAGGAAAUGCUCUUCUCAAAAUUGCCGUUCUUGAGAAGGAAAUCUCGCCGUACGUUGAAUACUUCUGUGCUUUGAAAUGCACCUACCACAAAGUGCCAGAACCGACCAAUGGAACUACCAGUUUUGGUUCCUUCGCCACAUACUACCUCGAUUGUAUCACUCGUACUCCGACUGAUUGGGAGAACAAACUGAGAACUUUGAAGGCUACACUCAACACCAAAUCAAGUGCUGAAUAUCGCGAGAGAACACUCUCCAAGACGAAGGUAUGUACAAUUCCAGUGAAGCAGUCGACCACGGAGAUGAAACGUAACCCCCAGCUUGCUGCUGUUGCUGCUCAAACUUUGGGUGUUCAGAUUGUAGGCGCACCUGUCUUAAGUGACACUCCGAAGAACCCAGUCACACCAAAGCAAACUGGAAGUAAGGUGCCAAAAGUCAAGAAAGAUCCAAAGCAGCCAGCAAAACCGAAGCCAAAGAAACGUGCACCAAUGAUGGCUAAGUGCUUGAAAAUGUGUAGACCACGAGCAUUUCUACUCGAGUAA